UGGAACUUACGUGUGCAUGUUCCAAUCAUCACGCGUUUUUGUGUGUGUAUAUAUAUAUAUAUAUAUAUAUAUAUAUAUAUAUAUAUAUGCAUAGAGCUAGCCACAAACAAACUACCAAUAAGCCUAUAAUCGAGCAACCUCAAGCAAAAGAGUCAAAGGAAAACAAGUCAAAGGAAAACAAAAUAUGGUUUUCUCUGACCAAAGAAGCCUUACUAUUCUUUUGCUUCCAUGGCUAGCUCACGGCCAUAUAUCUCCCUACCUAGAGCUAGCCAAGAAGCUGACCACCAAGAGAAAUUUUCACAUCUUUAUUUGUUCCACGCCUGUAAAUCUCAGCUCCAUCAAGCCUAAACUCUCCCAAAAAUAUUCUCAUUGCAUUGAAUUUGUGGAACUCCAUCUUCCACAUGAUGACUUGCCUGAACUCCCACCGCACUACCACACCACCAAUGGCCUCCCUCCCCAUCUCAUGUCCACUCUCAAAACGGCUUUCAGCAUGUCCAGCAACAACUUCUCCAACAUCCUCAAAACCCUAAGUCCAGAUUUGCUCAUAUAUGAUGUUCUUCAACCAUGGGCGCCCUCUCUAGCUUCAUUGCAAAAUUUUCCAUCCAUUGAAUUCACCACCAUGGGUGCUGCCUUUACUUCAUUUAGUAUUCAACAUCUCAAGAACCCUAGUGUCAAGUUUCCUUUUCCUUCGAUUUAUCUUCAACAUUACGAAGCUGAAAAGUUCAACAAUUUGUUGGAAUCUUCAGCAAAUGGCAUCAAAGACGGAGACCGUGUUCAGCAAUGCAGUGCUCGAUCUUGUAACAUCAUUUUGGUCAAGACAUCCAGCGAGAUUGAAGAAAAAUAUAUUGAUUAUCUCUCUGAUUUAACGGGGAAGAAGAUCGUGCCUGUUGGCACGCUUGUUCAAGAGCCAAUGGAUCAAAAAGUUGAUGAGGAAACAUGGAUCAUGAAAUGGCUGAACAAAAUGGAAAGGUCUUCUGUUGUGUAUGUUUGCUUUGGCAGUGAGUACUUUCUGUCCAAGGAGCAAAUAGAAGAGAUAGCUCACGGAUUAGAGCUUAGCAAAGUGAGCUUCAUUUGGGUUAUAAGAUUUUCUAAGGAGGAGAGAAGUACUAGGGUUGAAGAGGUGUUACCAGAAGGGUUUUUACAGAGGGUGGGAGAGAAGGGAGUGAUAAUGGAGGGUUGGGCCCCACAGGCAAAGAUACUGCAGCAUUCUAGUGUUGGGGGGUUUGUGAGUCACUGCGGAUGGAACUCAGUGUUGGAGAGCAUCAAGUUUGGUGUUCCAAUUAUAGCCAUGCCUAUGCAUCUUGACCAGCCGAUCAACGCUAGACUAGUGGAGGAGGUGGGUGUUGGUGUGGAGGUUAAGAGAACAGGUGAAGGAAGUUUGCAAAGAGAAGAGGUCGCAAAGGUGAUUAGAGAUGUGGUUGUGGAGAAAUUUGGAGAGGGAGUGAGAAAAAAGGCAUUGAAAAUAAGCGACAACGUGAACAAGAAAGAGGAUGAAGAGAUUGAUGGGGUCGUGGAGGAACUGAUUCAAGUUUGUACAGGAAGGGAAUCUAAGUGAAAAAGACGUCCGUACGUUGAGUCUUCAAUUAAAUCAUUCUAAUGAUUUUGAAUGCUCACAUCAACAUAUGUGUAGGAUGAUUAUUGAAUGCUCACGUCACGUAGGUGUAUAAAAAUCAGAAUGUUGGACUUCUCUACUUCUUUUAAGUAGUGAUGGUGGGUUUUCUGUGUGUUUUUUAAGAUGUUUUCUUUUUGACAAUACUUCCCUCCUUAUGGGUAAGGUGGAAUUCUUUCUUACUUUCUAUUGCGGCUCAACCACAAAGUGAUAUGUGUUCUGUUUUUUGAAUUGUCAAAACUUUUUAUUUAUUUUAAACCUUUACUGAAACCUUAGCUUUUAACCACAAAGACUUCAAUUUUUUACUGAAGAAGGAAAAAUGUUAUUUUUCAAAAAGUUGAGAAAAAAAUCAAAAUGAAAAAAAAAAACAAUGGGAAUAUUGUUUUGUGUUUUUUGCUUUGGUAAAAAGCUAGGGGUUCAGUAAAAGUGAAAAAAAAAAAAUUGACAAUUAAAAAAAGAGAACACUUGUUACUUUGUGGUUGAGGGACAAUAGAAGGUGAGAAGGAGUUCCUUCUUAUGAGUAAGGAAGGAAGUAUUGUCCUUUGUUUUUUUCCGAAGUAUUUUGAAAGAGUUGACCAUUCAGUACUCAUUCUAAUGAUUAUGAAUGCUCAUCAGCUUAUGUCUUUAUUGCUUGAAUUCUCAGGCCAUAUGUAUGUCUAUAUGUAAAGAUCUGAAAAUAAGCAUUUUUUAAGAUAAAAACA